AUGAAUACAGAUUUUCAAAAUGGAUUCUCUGUCGCAAAUACCAAAUUUGCUGUUGCUCUGUUUAAGAAGCUAAAGGAAAAUGAGAACAUUUUUUUGUCUCCAUUAAGUAUCUCAACUGCUCUAGCCAUGGUGUAUCUUGGUGCUAAAGGCAACACUGCUACUGAGAUGGCUGAGGUAAGGGAAGAAAAUGGUGAUGGAGAUGUCCAUCCAAGAUUCAAGGAAUUAACGGCUGCUAUCAAUGACCGUGACAAACCUUAUCUGCUGAAACUGGCUAAUUGUCUAUUUGGAGAGGAAACAUACACAUUUCUCGAAAAAUUCCAAAACUCUGCAUCAGAGUUCUAUGGUUCACAAUUGGCUACUGUUAGUUUUCAAAGUCAGCCAGAAGCUGCCAGAAAAGUGAUCAAUUCUUGGGUAGGCGACAAGACUGAAGGUAAAAUCCAGAACAUUCUGCCAGAGGGAAUUAUUACUCCGUUAACAAAGCUUGUUCUUGUAAAUGCCAUCUACUUUAAAGGGAAGUGGAACAGAAAAUUCUCUAAAAAUGACACAUAUAUAAAAUCAUUCUGGCUAAACAAAAGAGAAACUAAGCCAAUAACCAUGAUGUCCCAGGAAGGAGAAUUUUACUUUGGUUAUAUUGAGGAACUCCAAACCAAAGUUCUGGAACUCCCUUAUGUCCAAAAUGAGCUAAGUUUGAUUAUCUUACUGCCUGAUGGCAUCAAUGAUAACUCUACUGGACUGGAACAGGUAACUAUGACAGUACGAUAUGGACUUAGUAUGUUAGCAUGA